AUAGUACACUUGAAAUUCUGGGAGUGGUCAUGGAUUUCAUAGUUAGUAAAAACGAAACCGAUUACAAUGAGGAGCUAAAACAAGAUGUGCCUGUUUAUUUACAACCGGAUCACUUUGUUCUUGUCGUUACAAUUACAGUGCUUGGAAUUAUAGGAAAUGUACUCACAUUUGUGAAGAUCACGUGGGACAAAAAUUUCCAAGGCACUGUAUUUGUUGUUAUCAGAACUCUAAUAUUUACAGAUAUUGUGAAUUUGAUUCUUUACCUUGCUCAUGCUGUAUUUAAGUUUGGUAACUUUCGUCUUGAAGAAGUCCCAUGUGCAACCUUUCUGGUUGUUUUUUAUGGUGUUGCUCAUACCUCUGCUGCUCACGUGGUUUUUCUAUUUGGACUUCGGUGUUAUAUGGUGUCGGAGCCAAUAAAAUUCAAUCAGUUACGGAAGCGAACAAUUAUCGUCUCAUCUGCUGCAAUAUGGGCCCUAAGCAUAUUAUUCUCGGCAUUUUAUUUUGUUCUACGAUACAAAGCAGGAAUACAGACGCCUAGUUACAUGUAUGUGAUCAUAGUAUUUCGUGUUUAUCUUAUUAUAGUUCCUGUCCUGCUCAUCAUUAUUUUCCACGUAAAGAAGAUACAUCGUCUAAAGCGCACAUUGAGCAAACACAAUAUAGAACACAACAUUAUCAAGAUGUACCUUGUGACGUCAUUAAUUCUUAUUGUGUACAUGUCAUCGGCUAUUCUUUUCCUUGUGUGCUACAUCUUAUCAUUAUACAGAUUUAAGAGCACAGAGAAACAAUUUCUUAUUGUUGCACAACUGGCUUGGUUACUUAAUGCUGUGCUGAGUCCAUUCAUUUAUGUUGUUUCAGCACUGAGUUUUCAUAAAUAUUUCAAAUACUUAAUAACAACUGUCCAAAAAAUGAAAUGUCUAGCAGCUCAAAUAGAAGCAGAUACCUGAUGUUCAUCAUAUACUGAGGAAUCCGACAGUAUGUGUACAGACCUUAAAAGAAUGAAAUCAAUGACUGUGUAUUCAUUUUUUACAAAAUGUUUUUAACAGUAAACGAAAUGGAGAGAUUUAUCCUUCAGGUUUAAAUGAUCGAUUCCACUGAAAACGACAACAUGCAAUCAACAUUCCAACAUUAGUGUAACACUGCACUUAAAAGUUUAACUAACUAUAAAGGUUACAAUGGAGAUAACAAUAUCAUUUUCUUGUUGGACAAAGGUCAUUGGUCAAAGGUACCGUGACAAUGUAUAAGUCAGGCCUAGAUAAUGGAUAUGUUACCUCAUGUGUGUUUUUUAAGUCAAAGAAAUGUUCAGUAAUGUUUAUUAAGAAAUGAAAUGUACAUUUAUGGAAAAUGUACAAA